GCCUUUUGUGUUUCGUAUCUUUUUCGUGCUGUAAAGAGAUAUGUUUUUUGUUGUUGUUAAAUCGAACAACUCUUUUUUUUUUUGUUUUUCGUUAUUUUUCACAAGACAUUUUCUUACGUCAAAUCUUUACGCAUCGUGUUAAAAUAAAUCAUUCUCUCUCUCCCUCUCUCUCUCUCUCUCUCUCUCUCCUCACAAGACAACUCGUUUUGACUUUUGCAACCCCUCUCUGCACCCCCCUCAUGCCUUUGUCCUUUCUUGACAACUGAACGGAAAAGCUUGAGUCAAAGAACCAAGCGAGUGAAAAAGAAAAACGGACAGGUCGCAUCGAGACGCUACUUGAGUUUAAAAUAACGAAGAACAAAAAAAAAGAAGCGUUUUCGUUUAAUUUUGCAAGAGAGCAACACCCUUCAUACUCGCGCAAGACUGUAUCCGCAUUGAUUAUAUAUAUUUUCUUUAAAAAAAAAAAGAGAGAUUGCCUUCAAAUUCUCAUCACGAAGCCGAUUUGCAUUGCUUGCUGAUAACAGUCUUGGAAAGAGGAUUACAGUUAAGAAGUUAGCCUCCGUAUUUCCUUAUGAUUCCGAAGCAAACGACAUGAACAAGAAAACUUGUACCAUCAUAACGGGAAUAUAGCGGCUGCGUGUGGGGUGUGGAAUUCAUUAGUGAUGGAGUACGCCUGUCAUAUCUGACUGCCACACACCCGGACCCUUCAACCAACUCUGUGUACUUGACAUGUAUUUCUGGAGUGCAUUACUCUAUCUGCAGCUGGCUGUGGAUGCGGCAAACGUUUUUUGAGCACUGGUUAUCCCUAUAUCCCUCCACCCAAAGCACAAGCGGUACAGGUCCUGUAACAACUAUCUGCCUUCAUCAACUCCCUUUAAAAUGACUUCGGCCCCCUUACCAGAAUGGAAGGUGCAGCUACUGGAGAGAAAAAGGAGGGGGGAGGAGAUGAGCUGGCAACGAGAGAAAGAGCAGGAGGAGAGGCUGGCCAACAUGCCAGCCUGGAAGAGGGAGAUAAUCGAGCGACGCAAAGCCAAGCAGGGGGCCUGGUCAGGGGGCAGUGCCAGCGCCUCUGAACCCGAGUUCAGUGGAGCGAACCGUGUCUCUCAUCCCCCUGAAACCUCCCAAAGAAACUUAGAGCAGAAUAAAGCCGAGGUGCACAAGGAGGAAGACCGUGAAGUUUUGAGGGAGGCCAUUGCCCCCGUUCACCAGAACCCCUUUAUCAAACUGCAGAGAAACCUGAAGAGUCAGCCGCUGCUAAGGCACCCCGGUCCCACAAAGCAUGAUGAUGUAACCAGCUGCGGGGUCAAACAGAUCAGCGAUGUUUACAGCCACGUUAUUCCCUGUUUCAGGACAAUCCGAGCGGAAAACAUCAUCAUUAUCGAAUCCGAGGACGCUCCCGUUGUCGGCAGACCGUUUCCCGAGCAGGUGUUGAAAUCUCGGGGCGCGGAAGGGCACUGGAGCAGUCGGAUCACUGGGGGGAGUUGCGUGACAGAAAACCACACCUCUGAGAUCCUGGUUAUCAAGCCCCCUCUGAGCCGCAGUGUGGGAGAUCUCAAUACCCUCAUCGAUGGUGAACUCGUACCAGAGGAAGGGGGCAAGGAGCAAGGGAGGGUCAGCCAGCUUUUAAGCAAGUUUGGCGGGCAGGAGUGGAACCCAGGCCAGCUGAUCCGUUCCAGGAGCAUCGAAAACAUCCUCACGGACACUGGGAAGCACCGACCCCGGCACGGCUUCCUUCCUUCUUCGCAAUGGGAAGCGACAAAGGCAGGCGGAAAAGGGGAAAAGUCGUCCACUAACCCUCCCGGUGGUUCUAACACCUUACCCCAGGUUGAUGCCUUGGACAGAGCUCCACAUCGCACAGUGGUAGCUGGUUAUCGGAGUCAGUUUGAAACCACAAAGAGGCACGAGUUCCCUGGGAGAUCUCUAAGCUACCCCAGCAGCAGCAGCAGCAGCAGCAGCAGUGAGUCACAUGUACAAUCCCAGAAUGAAGUCACUAAAGUAAGAACCACUGCAAUUCCCAGGCAAUACCCUCCCAUUGAUGAUGUGGUCAUCCCAGCGGAGGAAUUCAAUCCCAUUCCCAACACUGGUCUAAGGCAAGUUGCCAGUGACAAAGCUGCAGAGGAGAAGAUCCCAGAAGGUGAUGUCGGAUCUCUGACCCUGGCGAACCUCCGAGCACAAUCCCGUAACUCCUUUGUGGUGAUCCCGAAACUACCUCCAGGAAAAGAAGAAGAAGAAGAAGAAGAAGAAGAAGAAGAAGAAGAAGAAGAAGAAGAAGAAGAAGAAGAAGAAGAAGAAGAAGAAGAAAUCCAAAGAGACUUCCACCAAAAACUAAGCCAACACCUAAAGCAGAUUCCCCAUUCAGCGGACACCCAUCAGCCUGUCUCCUCCCCCCAGCCCCCAUGCCCCCCUCCCUCCCCUGCCUGCCACACUUUUGACUCGGUGCCACAACAAAAGCAAGAGGCAGGGGGAGAAGGGGCGGAGGCUGCUGUGGAGACUGCUGCCGUGGCGACCGCCUCCUCUUUGAAACAGGAAAUGGGCGUCCCUCAUCAGCUGCCGGGCUUGUCUGUUUCCUGCCCCUGCCCUGCAUCAGAACCGCUGCAAGCUUUAUCUGAGGCGAGCCUUGCUGCCUCUCCUGCAGUGGUUUGGGCUGAUAACGCGGAAGAGGCCGGUAAGAGAACGAGUCAUCCUCCCGCAGCCGCUGCUCCCCAGCCCAGCGAUGACACAACUUCUUUCACAAAGGAUCCAAACAUCCCUCUAGGAUCAGAAGGGACAAUCGACAGCAAGAUGAGUCGCAUUUAUAAUCUGAAGCCGGUGGUCGCUCCGACCAAAAACCUUCCCCCAGGUGCUGCCUCUCUUCCUGCUCCUACAGCUGGUUUCCAACAAGAAAGCAGCUGCUCUCCUUUCACUGUCAGUCCUACUGCUUCUAUUGGUCCUGCCCUGCCUUCAGGGGCAUCUCUCUGCGGCCGGACAGAAGGGGCACAGGGGUUCUCCCUGCAGCACAAUUCUCAAGAACCAAAGGAAUGUGCACCCUUCAGGAAUUUAGGCAGGGGGCACACAAGGACCGGGGCCACUACAUUCUCACCUGAAGUGGCUGUAACAGCACCAGAGCCUGCGAUGAAACUGUCUACCGCCCCCGCGAUGCAGAGAAGGGGCAAUACAAUUACUAUUAAUCCAAGGAAAAUGACAGGCAGUGCCAACAGUGCUGGAGUUGGUAAAAUAGCACCCCCUACUGUCGGGGCAGCAGCUGUGGAGAACAGGACUGUUGCAGAAGGGGCGGAGAGUAAGAAGCGGUACCCCACUGUGGAGGAGAUACGAGUCAUUGGAGGCUAUUUGUCAUUAGACAGGUCCUGUCUGGCGAAAGGUGCUACGAAUCGGAAAAAGCUGCAGAUCUCGUUCAGCGACUCCCGGCUGGAGACCACGUUCGAGUACCCGUCAGAGAGCUUUCUGCUGGCCGAGCUGGGAUUGGACGACGAGCCCGAGGCCCCGCCCCCCGUCACACCCUUGGCCGAGGAAGAGGAAGAGGAGGAGACGGUCAUGUUCGCCCGCAGGGUCAUACCGGGGUCACCCACCGGUCGGAUUAAACCACUCCUUGUCGAUGAAUCCUGUCGACGAUAACAGCAGCUGGGAUCCUCUUUUUAAUUCUUAGAACAAAUUCUAUCAGCUUUGCUUUUCAUCUAAAGAAUAAUGGCAUUUCUCAUGAAAGUGACCCUUGUGCUGUUUGGUUUCCCAGUGGCUUACUGCCCUGUUGUGUGUGUGGCCUGUUUGUUUCUCUGCUGCUCAAGUCAUUGGCUCAGGCUUACUUACUGUUCCAGCAGAAGCUGCUUCUGAAAAGGUUACCCAUGAGGAAUAAAGAAAAGCAAAUAAUAAUAUCAGUUAAACAGCAACAGAAGCUGGUGCACAACAGGAUACUAAACAAGAAAUAUAAUGCCAGGGAAAUGGAGAUGGUCUAAAGCACCCCUUAAUGGAAAACGAAAUGUCAGACGACUAGAAAAAGAGGUGAGGUGAUGAAUUUCAUUUUUUUGGUUUUACCAUCUACGGAACUAUGACCCCCGAUCAACCUUUGACCUCCAGCGGAGGACCUCCAGCCAGUUGGCUAGCCGAGAACGCUCCACAAGUUGAAAGAUGGAUACAAUUUCGGGGAACAACCGCUGUGCUUGCAGGACAGGUUACUCGAGAAAUAUAUUUGCAUAUAUAAUAUCUUUAGAAAACAAUCAAAAUAUUUUUUUUAACCCUAAUAUAUUUAGAUAUUGCAUGGGUUCAAUAUGUGUUCUGUGCACCUGUAAGCAUACAGGUUAAUGUCACUUGUGGACUAUAUAUUAAAGAAUGGCACAAUAAAUACACACAGUACUCAAACCUGCUUUUGACAGGGUUAGGUGAUGAACUUGAGUGUAAUUAGAUUUGCAGCAAAGGCUUCUGGUGUGAUUAUAGAGGUCGAACCUCAAUAGCGUUCAGAAUCUGUGAGGGAAUCACACAGCACUGCCCAUCACGCACAGUCUGCACCCCCUACUGGUCACAUUUUGUAUCGCAGUGCAAGAAGCCUUGACGGGUUCAGCACCUGCAGAGCAACGCUGGGGUUCAAAUAAAUACACGUGCGCUUUCAUUUGUUAUACAGCUCCGCUUCCACUGCCUGCGGCUGAGCGGCUAUCGGGGCAGCUAGAAUCGCUACCAUUGUGCCUGUUCUUCUUUCAUGUAGGUAAAAAACGCAUAACACAUUUGCUUUAAGGUUUGCUGUGUUCACCAAAAGCAGAGAACUUUGUUAAAUUGAGCAUUAAGAGUGUGAAGUGGCCGGCAGCCGGAGCCUGUAAUGCCGGGCAGUGGAAACGAGACAUUCAUCUCGAAGGUGCAGUUUGGAAAGAAACACCUAUAUUACAAAACAUGCUGGAACCACAGCAGGGUUAAAGACAGCUCUGUUUGCAACCCGUGCUUUCAGAUAGCGUUACUCUUCCUUGGUCAUUUGCUCUAGACGGAGAAAUUGCCCCAUGUUAUUCAGCCCUUCUGUGCUUGACCCAUGUAUACUAUACAGAGAUAAAUGAUUGAAUAUAUACGUUCUGUCUGUGUGGGUAUAAAGUUGACAUAAUGUUUUUAUUCUUGUAACAGAGGCCGCCAGGUAGCCAAAUGCAUGUGCCAGCUUGUUGAUGAAUUCCAGUACGAUACGCACUCGAAGGAUCGUGUCUCUUAAAAAAAAAAGCAGCUUCUCAUUUUUACUGUUCCUUUACCUUUCUGUGGUGCCUCCAAUCCUCCUGCGUGGUCUCGCUCCUCUUACUCAAACACUGUGUGGCAAUGUUCCCAGCCGAGGCUUUGGUUCUUGUUGCCUGCCAUAGAUAUAUGUAACAUGGGCUAGAUCAGCUGAAAUGUCUUUACAGAAGUAAGCGCCAGAGCCACCUUAGGGAUCUGCCACUUUGGAUUAAGUGUCCUUUUGUUUUGCUGGCAAUACAGAGAAGUGUUCUAGAUGCUUAGUAAUAUAAAUAAACUUUGGCUGAUCUAGUCUGUGUUACAGAUGUCUAUGGCAGGCAGCUAGAACCGAAGAUCAGCUCCUGACCUCACUUUAAAGCUCUCCAACACAGAUGUACACACAUAGAGAACGCAAUGUUUGAGUAAUUGCAAGUAGCACCAGCCGGCAAAGCUUCACCAGAGUGCCCAAAGGGCAUAGUGCAACAGGUAAUACGCUUCCCAGCCGCACUUCAGAGAGAGAGAAAAAAUAAAUCCGCUUUGAGGAGUCUUUUUAGAAGCAAACUUGGCUUGAAUAGUUAGUAAACAAGGCCAAAAAAAAAAAAAAAUCUACGUAAAAACAUGCCAUCUGCUGGUUCAAGUUGGUAUUGCGUCUGAGCUUUUAGUAUUGCCAUUGACGAAACGGUCUUACUGGUGCUGCAGCAUUAGGGAUUGUUUUAAUUUUUUAGAUGCACUCGAUCAUUCCAACGCAGAAUUGUGUUUCUCAGUUAUGGAAUAUGCGUUUAUUUUUAAAUAAUGGAUACUUAUAUAGUAGAAUGCAGUAUUACACACACUUUAAAAAAAAAUGUGUUGAUAGUAUUUUGUAAACAAGUUUAUUAAUUGUUUUAAAUAAAAUGUUAUUGUCACUGUUUUUUUUUUAUUAUUUUUAUGACAGAUAUAAAGGAUAUUGACACAAGUCUAUUCAUAUAGACCUAUGCCAACAUUUAAAUAAUGAACGUUAAUAAAAGGUUUUGAUUAAAUGUUCACUUGCAGUGGGAUUUCUUCUGUUGCUAUAUAAAUAUGUACUUAGAUCUGAUAGAAAAGACGCACAGCAGCACUACAAAGCUCCUUCCUGCAGGUUAAUUUAUCAAGCUAGUAAUGCUGCAGUUGU